AUGGCCAUGCUAUCUAGUGAAAAAGAAGAGAGCAGAAAUGCUGCUGUGGGAUGCUCUGUCUACCUGUGGGCCUGUAGAUCAAUAGACCUCCUGGAAGCAGCUGCCCACGUGGGCUGCUCUGGCCCAGAACUGGAGGUCAAGUCUUUGACUUCCGACACUGGCAGCCGUUGCCCCCGCCCCGCCCCACGUGGAACUGAGGCGGCGGGGUCGGGGAGCCCAGCCAAGUGCAGGUCCCAGCUCUUCCUGGGCUCAAGAGACCUGGACAAUCAUAUCGGGUGGCGCAGGAGGACCCGGGACUCCGGGGACCACGCAGCAGUCAGCAGCCCAGGAGCCGCCCAGGCGAGGGCAACGGCCUGGACUCCUUCCUGCUGUUCGAUUCGCUGGGCGGACCAGCCACGGCGGGCGUGGGCAGCGGCGCGAGGCGGGCGGAGUACCUGCGCCUGUUGGGCGACUCCGAACGUCUACUGCUACGGUAGGAGGGCGCCGUGCUACGAGUUGCGCGGCCCCGAGGGAGCGCACCGCCUGCAGCAGGAGGCCUUCGGAGCCGCCGACAGCGAUGGCACGGGCGCCCCCUCGUGGCGGCCACAGAAGAAUCGUUCCCGGGCAGCCUCUGGUGGGGCUGCGCUGGCCAGUCCUAGUCCAGGGUCGGGAUCAGGGGCCCCCGCUGGAUCCGGGGGCAAAGAGCGCUCGGAGAAUUUGUCCUUGCGGCACAGCGUGUCAGAACUGAGCCUGCAGGGUCGGAGGAGGCGGCAGCAGGAACGCAGGCAGCAGGCACUUAGCAUGGCCCCAGGGGUAGCAAAUAGUACCUGCAGACCCCGGGGAUUUCGAUCAGUUGACUCAGUGCCUCAUCCAGGCCCCCAGCAAUCGCCCCUACUUCCUACUGCUCCAGGGCUAUCAGGAUGCCCAGGUGAGCGUCGCCUCCUCAACCCAUGUAGUCCUAUGUCCCACCUGUCAUUGGAGAGCGAUAAACCUACAGCUGUCAGAAUUCCUCUGCUUGAGGUCGCCUCAAGUCCUCUGAUAGGCAAGAACACAGCAAGGUUCCAGAAGAGGAGAUAGCAUGGCGAGUGCCAGGAGGUGGAGGGGUGUGGCUGACAAAAUCACUCUGGAGGGACAAAUGGGGCAUGACUCCUUUAACUGAAAGUUGAGGGAGACUGUGCCUUUUCAAAGGAGAGUCCACUGCAGGGAGGAGACCCGGUGCAAACAUCCAUUUCUGGAGGGAGAGCACUGGGGAAAGUGCAUCCACUAGGGCAGGGAUGUCCUUGACUGGUGCCUGGGGUCUUGAUCUGGAGAAGCCUGUAUUUCCUUGGUGGGGGAGUGGAUGCAUCCAUUUGUAAAAGGUGAUGGUGUAGUGGGUACCUGGUGGUGCACACCUAUAAUCCCAGUAGCUUGGGAGUCUGAGGCAAGAGGAUCACAAGUUCAAGGCCA